AAAUCCCCCACCUAGCUGUUAGCUCCGCCCCGCUGCAGCCACAGAGCAGAGGGCAUUUACUGCAGUGCAGCGCUGUCGGAAAACACAACUGAACGCACCUCGGACUAACAUGGAUCUUCACAGGACCAGUAUAUUAAACCAAAUGGAUUACAGUCGGGAUUCAAAAGAAGGGAAAACGGCUCAGGCCACGGAGGAUCGGCUCGACAGCGGUUUGGAUUCCCUGAAGGAGGAGGAGUACCAGGCUGUGGCCGCCGAGAUCCGCCGGCUCCAGCUGGAAUGCGAGGCGCCGGAGCACAAGCAGCUCCCCGCUGCAACCCGAGAGCUGUACGAGUGGCAGACACAGAUCACAGAAGACGGAGACACGCUGCUCCACUUGGCAAUCAUCCAUGAGGCCAAAGAAUUCAUCAAAACCAUGAUCGACCAGUCUAAAAACACAGACUUCCUCAACAGACAGAAUGACCUGAGACAGACUCCUCUCCACCUGGCGGUAAUAACAAAACAGCCGGAGGUGUGUCUCAACCUCCUGGUGUCCGGCUGUGACCCCACGCUGGUGGACAACAAUGGAGACACGCCUCUCCACAUUGCCUGUCGCCACGGUAACCUGCACUGCUUCAGCGUCAUCACACAGAAAAGCCGACCAGAGCACCUACACACGGCGAUGGCUGCCUGCAACUAUAACGGUCAAAAUUGCCUCCACCUGGCUUCAGUGCAGGGUUUCCUCUCACUGGUGGAGAGACUGGUAGAUCUGGGAGCUGACAUUGAUGCAAAGGAGCAGCAUAACGGUCGCAGCGCGCUCCACCUGGCUGUGGACCAACAGAAUCUCCUCUUGGUCAAACUGCUGCUGAAAAAAGGAGCGAACCCAAACCUCCUGAGCUUCGGGGGCCACAGCCCCUAUCACCUCACCAUUGGUUUGGAUAACUGGGAAAUCAACAAAGAGCUGUACUCUGUGACCCAUCCUGACCUGAGGGAGCUGCCAGACAGCGAGUCAGACGACAGUGACGAAGAGGAGCACAUGAACUCUGACGAUGAGGUGAAUUACGAUGACAUUCAGUGGAAUGGACAUUAGCAGGAAGCGAGAGGGCGGGGGAAGUGACAGAGACCAGAGGCUGUGACGGUGAAGGAUGGACGGAUGGGGGGGCACGGCACGUUCCUUACUUCUGCUGUGACGUGGAUGACAACGAUGGGGUCGGGCGAUGCAGCGAGGUGACGUGACCGCUUCCAGGCAGCUGAGCAGGAAGAAUUAAACAGACUGCCGGCGACUGCAUGAUCGCAUGUGACACAUAAUGACGGGAUGGAUCGCUUGUAUUCUGUGGACGUCCAUACAUACGUGAAGAUGUUCCUCCAGCAGCUCUGCUGUAUGAUAGUGUAAAUGCUGUGUAUACAAAGAUGUAUUUUUUAUGGAAGCUGUGAAUGUGUACAGUUGAGCAGGUUGUAUAUGUGAGACAGCAAAUGGGUUCAGCACACUCCAUUAAAUUAAAACACUCAUAUUUAACAGUGAAA